AUGCUUGUUUCCAGCAAGGAUAUGGUUUUCUCGUCCGAGAAUGUGAAACAACUAGUGAAGCGGUGUAUUCCAAACGAGCUCAUCCCCGUCGACUGGAAAUGCGACCAAUCAGAUAUUCGCUCAAACCUCGAAUCCCUUUUGGAAUGCUCCCGUGGCCAAUUAGGGAUGUUCGAAUCCGUGACUGCUCUUUUCCAAGCACUUGCAAACUUCCUCACUGUUCCUGGAUGUGUGACUAUGCUUCAAUUCGAUGGGAUAUAUGCGACCUUACCUUUAAUUCAUACCAGUAUCAAAGGAGUUGAAUAUAUCUACAAGAUGGAUGUCCUCGAACUCAUUUCUCUUGCUGUUCCAUGUCCAUUCGAAGGUUGGCAAGCUGAAUUGGUUCGAUUGGCAGUGAAGAGUCGUCUGAAGUGUUUCGAAGCUGAUUGGAAAUCUCGAUUCAAUUCAAAUUGUGAAAUGAUCAAAGUGGACCUUGCAAAGCUUAAAACUUUUGCUGUAAACCUGCAUGAGUGCGCAAAAGCAUUAUUCAAAAACACCGAAUUGUGUAUGCCCAAUCUGCCGGACUUUUCCAAUGUCGAGUCUACAGAUGGAUCUUAUGAAAUGUUGAAAUCUUUCGAUGAGAAAUACCCAAUAGCGAAGAACAAGCAAUUUUAUACCCAAAUGUUUUCGUGGGUUGUGACCGUCGGAAAACUAUUCAAAAAGGUCUUGGAGGAGAGUUUUAUGUCUGCUGAUGAUUCGAAGGCAACGGUUAGACUGUUCAAAAUUGGAAAGGAUUCCUAUGUUAUGGCACAUGAGCUGCUCCAAUCAAUGAAAAACAAGAAUAUGGACGUAUCGGAGUUUGAGGAGGAAUUUCUCAAAAUGACGAAUGUGGCCACAUUCAAUUUCCGAGAAGUCGCUCAAAAAGUGAAGAUUGGAGACAUGAAGAACAUUGAGUUCAUUCGAAUUAACACCAGAGAAUCCAAUAUCACUCCCAUCCCAAUCCCAGCGCCCGAUGGAACUUAUUGCGUCCCUGCCACCGAUGCUCUCUACGAUCUAAUCAGCGACAUUACUAUGUUCAAGAAAGUGUUUCAAAGAAUCAAUCGAAGCCAAUUUGAGCAUAUUAUAAACUUUUUUGAGUCUGUGGAACACAUUUUCCGUCACAAUGGAGGUGACUAUUUUAUCAGUAUGGAGGAUGUGGAAUGGGUCAAAGCAAAGUGGGAGAAGACUUAUAAAGAGAACUUGAAGUCGUCAGUAGCCGUCAAACAUAUUCGGAAGGUUCGAAAAGGAGGAUUCACAGAAGAUGAUUUGGAUAAAGAACUCGAGUAUCUAAAUCUUUACAACUGUUUGCCGGAAACGAAGCGCGAAGUUAAAUGGGCGUACAAGUUAGUCACCAAAGAACGGAAUUCUACUCUGAAGCUUGAAGAUAUGCACUCCGCCGUCUUUCAAUGCCAACUGACGAUUCUCCUGGAAAACCUUCCCAAGGUUUACCAGUUUUUGCACAGUCAAAAGGUGUGUAUGAAGUGGGUGCCAUAUGUGGCAUGCGUAUUUUGUGAGAAGCCGAGAUUGGAAACGCUGCUGAACAAGUCGUCGCGAACCGAAGAAGAGGGACAGGAGUUUAUGGAAUUGACUGAUGUCUCCGUAGUAGCACCACCAGAAAAAACCAACGUCAUCGAGGAGGAUAAGGAACAAGAAGUUUCAUUUGCUGUUCCGAAGAAGAAACGGUCUAGAAAGGCGAAGAAAUCUGAAGAAGCCUCCAGCCCAACUCCUUUGGAUUCUCCUUCCACCCCAGAACCCGAAAUGCCAGAAACAUCCAAGGAAUCGCAAUCAUGUCCAAAGUGCUCUAGAGCUAGCCAUUUCGCUGAUGUCGCAAAUGAAAAGCUGAGAGUUUCCAAAGUCGAGUGUAAGCAUCUAAAGAAAGAGUUGGCAAAUGCUGAGUUAGAAGUCGAAGUUCAGAAGCAGAAAGGAAUGGACAAAGAUGAAAGAAUCAGAAUUCUAGAAGAACUUUUGAAAUCCAAAGAUGAUAUAAUCAAAAGACAGAACAUGGAUCUCCUUGCAAAGCAAGACACGAUCAUGAACCUUGAGAUGGAGGUGGAAUCUAAUUACAACACCAUUCAAGAGUACUCAACAACCAUUAUGAAUCUCGGAAAAUCUCUCGCAGAGAAGGACAGCAGAAUAAAAUAUUUGGAAUCUGAGAAACAAUCGAAAGUGAGAAUCAUGGACCAACGAAGUGACGAGGAGACGGAGAAAGUCAGAGAUGUGCUCUUCAAACUUCUCGAGAUCCAAGGAACCCUUCGAAGCGGGAACCCAGUUGGAAAAUGCAGAGAACUUGCUCAACGAAUCUGUAUGAAGGCUCACAACAAGCAAAUCGAAGAUGCCACUAAAAUUGAAGCAAUUAAAUUUUGCGAGAAGGCUAAAGUCUACAUUCAAGCAGUCAACACCCAGUUGGAGAUGAUCCGUGGAAGCCGACUAGUCAACUCAGAAGAGAUUCCAGAACUUCCAGAGUUCCCAGCUCUCUCCAGAGGAUUCUUGAAGACCUACGAAGACAUCUUCAAGUCAGAAGCUCCAAAAAUCUGUCAGUCGCUGCUGAAGGCUCCAGCAGUGAAACCAGGAGAACUUGCUGACACCGACUGCUUGAUCUGCAUCGAGGAAAUGGAAUCAGAAGAAGGAACUAUCAAAUGCGAGUGCUGUAAACGGAGAUAUCAUACCGAGUGUGCUCAAGAAUGGUUCAAGACAAAGAGAACGUGUCCUGCAUGCAGUUCAGCCCUUCUGGAUGAUUCCGAAUUUCCAACAUUGGGUCAAAGAUGA